AUGGCCAACUCAAUCCUAAACUUCAUUUACAUGGCAACAGUAGUAUUACUGUCCACCACUGCAUCAGCCCAAGAUGAAUGCUCGCCAACAAGAUGCAACAGCACCGGCCCAGAAAUCCGAUUUCCCUUCUUUCUAAAGGGUCGUCAGCCGGAUUCCUGCGGCUUCCCCGGAUUUGCCCUGUCUUGCUCUGCCGCCGGCGCCACCGAAUUUGAGGUCCAGUACCCAAUCAUGGCAUCCGGCUCCGGCGCCAACAUUGUGAUACCUUUUCGAGUUAAAGUAGAAAUCUUAGAGAUUGAUUACAAGUCCCAAUUAAUUACCAUGAACAGUAUCACUUCCCUUAGUUGCCUUCCCCGGCAAAUCCCUGCCGUUAACUCGUCGGCGUCUCCAUUCUCGGUGGUCAGUAAUUAUGGAUACAGCGGAUACACUUUAUUUAAUUGUACAGCUUCUUCUAAUGGCACUGUAUCCGAUACCGUGAAUGGAUAUCCUGUGCCUUGCCUUAACUCCUCCACUGGCUACGAAGUUAUUGCCUUUGAUUCUCAGAGAGACAUUUCUGAAUUUAUCCUCUCAUCUUGUGCAAAGAUGUACAGUGUUUCUUAUGUUCCAAUUGGCGUUUUUAGUGGAGGAGAGCGGUUUGAAGCCGGUUACAGUUAUAUUCAUCUUAAUUGGUCAGAGCCGAUUUGUGGACAUUGUGAAGUUAUAGGGAAGUAUUGUCGCCCGAAGAUUAACGGCACAAUUGGCGAAACAGAAUGCAUAGACAGUCCAAUUCAGGCCGUGAAGAGUACGUCCUCUCCUUAUUUUUGUGAAAUGUGA